AUGGAUGAGAUCGCUCCCGAGUACGACGUCGUGGUGCUGGGCACCGGUUUGACCGAGUGUGUUCUGUCUGGUGUCCUGAGUGUUAAGGGUAACAAGGUGCUUCACAUUGACCGCAAUGAUCAUUACGGAGGAGAGGCUGCCUCCGUCAACAUUGAAACCCUAUUCAAGAAGUACGGCAACGUUCGCCCCGGCGAGGAGCCCUGGAAGAAGUAUGGCCGGGUCAACGACUGGAACAUUGACUUGGUUCCCAAGCUUCUGAUGGCCAAUGGAGAAUUGACAAACAUUCUGGUUUCUACCGACGUCACUCGGUACCUCGAAUUCAAGCAGAUUGCCGGCAGCUACGUUCAGCAGGGCAACAGUUCCAAGGCUACUGUGGCCAAGGUUCCCUCCGACGCUGGUGAAGCUCUGCGCUCCUCCCUCAUGGGUAUUUUCGAGAAGCGUCGCGCUAAGAAGUUCCUUGAGUGGGUCGGAGAAUUCAAGGAGGAUGACCCAUCAACUCACCAGGGUCUGAACGUCAGAAGCUGCACUAUGAAGGAGGUUUACGACAAGUUUGGUCUUGAGACCAACACCCGCGACUUCGUUGGCCACUCCAUGGCUUUGUACUCUUCGGACAACUACAUUAACGAAUCUGGUGUGUCUGUCGACGCUAUCAACCGUAUCCGACUCUACGUCAACUCUAUGGCCCGCUACGGAAAGUCUCCUUACAUCUACCCCCUCUACGGUCUGGGUGAGCUUCCCCAGGGCUUUGCUCGUCUCUCCGCUAUCUACGGCGGUACCUACAUGCUGAACACCGACAUCGAUGAGGUGUUGUACGAGGACGGAAAGGUUACCGGUAUCAAGGCCACCAUGCGUGACCGUGAUGGUCAGGCCGAGGAGAUGAAGUUCCAGACCAAGGCUAAGAAGAUCAUCGCUGAUCCUUCCUACUUCCCUGGCAAGGUCCGCGCUACUGGAUACUUGCUCAAGGCUAUCUGUAUCUUGAGACACCCUAUCGACAAGACCGACAGCAGUGAUUCUUUGCAGCUUAUUAUCCCCCAGUCUCAAGUUGGGCGCAAGCACGAUAUUUACAUUGCCAUGGUCUCUUCUGCACACAACGUUUGCCCCAAGGGCUACUACAUCGCCAUUGUCUCGACCAUUGCUGAGAACGAUGUCAACCACCACCUGGAGCUCGAGCCCGGUUUCGAGCGCCUGGGUGCUAUCGAGGAGAAGUUCAUUACUCCUCCUAUUCCUCUCUACGAGCCCUUGGAGAGCGGUGCCAAUGACAACGUUUUCAUCUCCAAGAGCUACGAUGCCACAUCUCACUUUGAGACCACAACCGCGGAUGUGCGAGAUAUCUACCACCGUGUUGCUGGCGAAGAGCUCGUCGUUGAGGGUCUCCGAGAGGACCAACAGCUUGCCCAGGAGUAG